AUGACCAACUUCAAAGACAUGAUAAAGUCGAUCAAUGCAAACUCUUUACCGGUUGUCUUCCAGCAAGCGAUUUGGAUCGUUCGGAUGCUAAGAAUCGAGUAUAUAUGGAUUGAUUCACUCUGCAUUAUUCAAGAUAGUCAGUCGGACUGGGAACUUGAGUCUUUGCAAAUGUGCGAUUACUACGAAAACUCUUUCUUGACUAUCUCAACAGCCACGUCACCAAAUUCUACCAUCCCAUUUCUCGGCCCACGAGACACGAGAUGGUGGCCGGCUAAACUCAACCUGACAAAUGGUUCGAGUAGCGAGGACGUUUACGCGCAGCGCAUAACGAGCGAGCAAGAAGAAGAAGGAAUGCUUUUUACGCGAGCAUGGACAUGGCAAGAGGCUGCUAUGUCAUCACGCACGAUUUACUUCACCCCGUCAGAACUCAUUUGGGAGUGUUCCGAACAUGUUGUGCCACAAAGAUACAUACCCGAUCUUGAAGCAUCUGAGAGGCUGGGCUUUUCUAAAGUUUUGUCUCUUCUAAGAUUCAGCUUAAAUCCAGAUAUGGUUCACAAUAUCGACAGGUCAGUGGGAGAUGGCUGUGCCGAUAUCUCGGGGAGUGAAAAUUCUAUGGGUAUACCUCCGUCGGGUUUCGACUCUGCAAAUUCGUCAUAUGCUUCGGCACUCUCACGUACUGAUAGACCCAAUUCCAUAGGUUCCGACGCCAACAUAAUGAACUAUGUUUGGGAUAUGUGGAAUGACUUAGUGACAAGCUAUUCACGUCGUCAUCUCACCUUUGUCACUGACAAAUUACCGGCGCUUAGUGGCGUCGCAUCUCGUGUCCAUAAAAUCACAAAGUCCCGUUACAUUGCAGGCAUAUGGGAAGAUAACCUUGGUAUCGGGCUAUGCUGGGCCAGGGCAUCUACAGGGUAUCGUGACUUACCGACCCUCGCCACGGAGUAUGUGGCACCCUCAUGGUCGUGGGCCUCGAUACAUGGAGCAGUGAAGAGUCGGGUAGAGAGAACGAUCAGUACCUUUGAACCCAGCUUCACCAUUAUUGAAGCCAACUGUAUUGUUCCAGGGCUCAACCCCUUCGGCAGGGUCGCAACCGGCCACCUUUUCAUCAGAGGACAGAUCGCCCAGGCGAUGUUGAGAUGCGACGACCCUCAAACAAGUUUCUUUUAUAAAAUAUCAGGGCCUACAGACAAAUGGGACUUUUCUCCUGACAGCGUCCUGGCCUUAAAUAAUGGCAAUGUAUCGAGAGCUAGGAAAGAUCCAAAGCCCUCCAAGUUCACGGCCAAGAUUCAUUCCCUAUAA